CCAAACCAUUAGGGAAGCAGAAUGUGCUGUGAAUGUAGAGCCAACAAACGAAGCACUCUCUGAUUGUAGAUUAAACGCUGAUCAGAAGCAACUUCUAGCAUCCAGUUCAAUCUUCUCAAUUCUACUCAUUUGUUUUCUUGGCCACAUCCCCUUCAUAUCAGAAAAACACCAGUCAAUCACCACCAUGGCCGGAACAGACUUUUUCGUGGGCGAGAUCGCAACCGAACUCAUAAAGCAGUUGAUAGCAAUAUCUCGAAAAGCCGUUAUCUUUAAAUCCAGUGCGGAUCACCUCAAAGAAACCAUAGAUGGACUCCUCCCCAUCAUCCAAGAAAUCAAAUACUCUGGCGUUGAGCUUUCCAGUUUUCGCCAGGUACAGCUCGACCGCCUGUCCGAGACUCUCCGAGAUGGUUUAGAUCUCUGUCAAAAGGUUAUCGAAGCAAAGCGUUGGAAUGUGUACAGGAACUUGCAAUUAUCUCGGAAGAUGAAUAAAUUGGAGAAGAAAAUUUCAGGAUUCUUUAACUGUACCAUACAAGCACAUGUGUUGGCUGAUGUUCAUCACUCCAGGUUUCAAACGACGGAGAGGUUUGACCAGCUGGAGCGUUCGACAAGAAGGAUUGAGCAGAGACUUGAGUCGAUGAAGAAUGGUGUUGAAGCUGGAGGGUGGGUUGAGGACGCCAUGAUGAGAAUGGAAACGGAGGAGGAGAGAAGCGAGGAGGAUAGUUUUGGGAAUUUAAUAGGCGUGGGAAUUGCUUUAGGGAAAAAGAAAGUGAAGGAAAUGAUAAUUGGACGGAAGGAUUUGAGUGUUGUAGGGAUUUCGGGAAUUGGUGGCUCUGGGAAGACCACUCUUGCUGCUGAGGUCUGCAGAGAUUUUCAAGUCACAAGCUACUUUAACGACAGAAUUCUGUUCCUUACUGUAUCAAAAUCUCCAAAUGUGGAGCUGUUGAAGACAAAGGUUUGGUCUUUUGUAUCAGGAUGUGAGGUCGGAUCAAAUGUUUUGGUUCCACCAUGGAAUCUACAAGUUCCUUGGACAGCAGAAUCUCGGAGUUUGGUGGUCUUAGAUGAUGUAUGGUCAUUAGCAGUGCUUCGGCAGCUUAUUUGUAGGCUUCCUGGUUGCAAAACACUUGUGGUUUCCCGAACCAAGUUUCCAACGGUUCUCGCUGAUGUUUAUGCAGUAGAGUUGUUAAGAGAAGAUGAAUCAAUAUCCUUGUUCUGCCACUCUGCUUUUGGACAAAAGACCAUUCCUCCAGCUGCAAAUGAGAAUUUGAUCAAGGAGAUUGUAAAAGAGUGUAGGGGGCUGCCUCUGGCUCUUAAAGUUAUUGGAGCAUCACUGAGAGAUCGGCCUGAAAAAUAUUGGGCAGGUGCCCAAAAAAGGUUAUCACGAGGACAGCCUAUUUGUGAGUCUCAUGAAACCGACUUGCUUUAUCGGAUGGCAGUAGGUAUUGAAGACUUGUCAGAGAAGGUAAAGGAAUGCUUCCUGGAUUUGGGAUCCUUUCCAGAAGACAAAAAGAUUCCAAUGCAAGUGCUCAUUAAUAUCUGGUUUGAGAUCUAUGGCAUUGACGAGGACGAGGCUUAUGCCAUCCUUACGGAGCUUUGUGAUAGAAACCUUCUCACCCUAGAUAAAGAUUCAAGAGCUGUAGAUAUAUAUAGUGCUUACCAUGAGAUGUAUGUCACUCAACAUGACGUUCUCAGAGAUCUUGCUCUCCAUUUGAAUAAUCGCGACAAGAUAAAUGACCGCAAACGAUUACUUAUGCCUAGAAGAGACGGAGGGCUUCCUAAAGAAUGGGAGUGUAAUGUCGAUAAACCAUUCAAUGCUCAGAUUGUUUCCAUUCAUACAGGAGAAAUGAGAGAAAUGGAUUGGUUUCGCAUGGAAUUUCCCAAGGCAGAAGUACUACUCCUCUACUUCUCUUCUAAGGAGUACUUCUUGCCUCCCUUCAUCAGGAGCCUGGAAAAGCUUAGGGCGCUAAUAAUAAUAAACCAUAGUUCGUCUCCUUCUACCCAUCGCAACUUUUCAGUUUGUUCAAAUUUAGAUAACCUUAGAAGCCUUUGGCUUGAAAGACUUUCAAUUUCUCAAUUACCAGAGGCAACUAUUUGCCUAAGAAAUUUGCGGAAAAUGUCUUUAGUUCUCUGCAAAAUUAAUGCCUUUCUCGAUCAGCCGAUGAUAGACCUGCCCGAGAUGUUCCCUCAUCUCUUGGAGCUCACAAUUGAUCACUGUGACGAUCUAAUAAAGCUGCCUCCAAGCGUUUGCCAGUUGCAGUCACUCAGGAGUUUAACUAUCACUAACUGCCACAGUUUACAUGAAUUGCCAGCUGACAUUGGCAAGCUGAAAUCUGUAGAAAUUAUGAGGCUCUAUGCAAGCCUUGUUCUUAAGACUCUCCCAACUGGCAUUUCUGAGUUGGUCUGCUUGAAAUACCUCAACAUUUCUCACUGUGUCAGCUUAACUUGUCUUCCUCAAGGGAUUGGUAAUUUAGCAUUGCUGGAAAAAAUUGACAUGAGGGAAUGUCCACGGAUAUGGAAUCUACCACAGUCUGCCGCCUCAUUGAAGGCUUUACGUCAAGUAAUUUGUGAUGAUGAUGUUGCUUUGCUGUGGAAGGAUACGAAGGAGACUAUACCAAAACUUCAUGUUGAGGUUCCGGAAAAAAAUUUUAGUAUGGACUGGCUUCAUGAAUGAACAAGAGCAAUGCUAUGUGGGUGGGGGAUCAUUUCCAUGACAUGACAUAUCAUCUAUAUACCAGUCCCUUUGACUUUUUUAAAAAAACAAUAUUAUACGUAUACAUUUUUUUGUACACAAUUUAGGUAUAUAAAUGAUUUGUUAUCAUGUGAUUUGAUAUUAUUUUAUCUUUAAUUUAAAAUCAUUCAAUCACAUGAUGACAUAUCAUCUAUAUAAACAAAUUGUGUACUAUAAAUAUAUAUAUAUAAAUGUGUAAUAUUAGUUUCCAGCCACUCUUUUCAUUGUAUAAUAUUAGUUUCAAUUGUAUUAGUUUCUUGUUUACUUUCUUGUUUACAAAAGUUAAAAUUUACCCCUAAUAUUAGUUUCAAGUUUACAAAAGUUAAAAUUUACUUUUUAUACUAGUUUCAAAUUUCGAUUAUAUAAUAUGAUAUGCCCUUUUCCAUUUUGAAAAAGUGUUCUAUUCUUACUCACUCAGUUCAAAACAGAAGUGUUAAAAAUUUCAACAUACCUCUGUCAAAGAAUUCAAUAAAACAACUUUUAUAGUA